GGGACACGCACACCUAUCUACCUGGCCCUCCCGACCCCCCAAACAGAGAUAUAUAAACGAGUGCCAGAGGGAACAAGCCUCAGUGUGUUCCGUGACUCCGUCCUCACUACAACAUCAUCGCCAUGAACGCAGCAGCAAUCAUCCUUGCGUGCCUCUGCGCCGUCAUCUAUACCGUCUGUGCAACUCCUGGCUAUGGCUAUGGCGGGUACGGUGGUCACGGAGGCGGCUUCGGCGGCGGCUUCGGGGGCGGCUUCGGCGGCGGCCAUGGUGGCUAUGGUGGCUAUGGUUACGGGUUUGGAGGACACUACCGCGGCAGCAAGGGAGGCUAUGGAGGAGGCUACAUCAGCUACAUUCUGAAGUCUCCUGGACACACCUUCGGUGGGCCUGGCAACGCUGGAGUGCACGGAAACACCGGCUACGGCUAUGGCGGCGGCUACGGUGGUUUUGGUGGCGGCCACGGUGGUUUUGGUGGCGGCUACGGUGGCGGCUAUGGUGGCGGCUACGGUGGCGGCUACGGUUACGGACGCUGAAAACCUACAUUGAGGGAAAGUGAAUCGACUUUCCUUGUGUCUCUUAUUCACAAGGAAAGACAUGGCGAAUAUAUUUUUUGACGAAAUAUAAUUAUUUAAAGAGA